AUGGCCUCCGAUAGUGCAGACCGUCCGUCUCGAGACCCCGCGCCGAAGGGAAAAUCCCGCAAAACCGAUCCGAACGCUCCGAUCAGAAAACGCCGCAAGAGAACGGUGGUUAGCGGGGCCCCUGAUGACUGCUUCGCUUGCGCCAAGCGAGGAGCCCGAUGUGAUCGCCGCCGACCAUAUUGCUCUCAAUGUCUGGACAUGGGCCGUGAAUGUUCCGGAUACAAGACGACGUUAACAUGGGGUGUUGGGGUCGCCAGUCGCGGGAAACUUCGGGGUCAGAAACUCCCAGUGAUGGAAUCGGAUGAACAAGUGCAAAGAGAGCCCGCAAAAUCACCACCGAAGGCGUCAGGGAGCAGCGCGGCGUCUUCAUCGCGACUUCCGUCCAAUACCCCCGUCCCGCCACCUCCGGCCUCCGGUCCAACAAUGUCGUCGUUCAGUGCAGCAACCCCCAAUGUCAAACUGGAAGAUAGCCCACCGACUAUGAUGAAUUCGUUCGACAUGGCAUCGAAUAUGGCCUGGACAAUGGACAUGCCAGAUCCACAGACAUGGAGUACCCCUGCUCCUGCGCCCAAGAUUUCAGGACUUCCACUGCCAACACGGCCGAUGAUUCCGAAUAACACCACUCAAUCCAUGACCCCGGAGACACCCUUGCUCUACGCCCCCAUCGUCAGUCCGACGGCUAGUUUCAGCUCUCCGGUUUGGCCUACAACGGUACCAUAUCCAGCCCAGUCUGCCACGCCACCAUCGUCGCAGGACAUGGACGAAGAGGAGGUCAAACAAGACCCUAAUUACAACAUGCUCUGGAACGCUGCGCACUCUCCGUCCCUCUCUCAGCUCCUUUUGGCAAGAUCGGUGGGUCGGACACCGCGCAUUCGAUAUCUCAUCAGUUAUUAUGCGGAGGUUAUUGCGCCUAUGAUUGUUGCAUUUGACACACCAACAAAUCCAUUUAGAACACAUGUCAUUCGUCUCGCAAUGGAGAGCGAGGCUCUCCAGGAGGCAAUUGCGACAUUAGCCACGAGCAACUUGCGACAAAGGCGAGAACACAACCAUCUUUCUACAGAAAGAACUUUACCUGCACGCAUGUCCUCGAUGGCUCACCGGGCACUCACCGAUGAGGAUUUCCAAGAUAGAUAUGGCAUUUCAAUGACCGAGGGCUAUAUCAGGGAAGAAAACCACCAUCGCGGCAUGGCCGUCAAAGCGUUAAAUGCGGACCUUGCAGAUCCUCGCCGCAGAUUGUCAGAUUCAGUACUGGCCACUCUAUUGAUGCUUUGUCUUUUCCAUGGUUGUGAUACUGGGGUUGCUGGGUUCAGAGCACAGUUUGCCGGCGUUACAAGACUCCUGGCCAUUCGAAUGCGCCAUUCCCGCGUCAUGACGGAUGACCUGAAGUGGUUCAUUCGAAUGUUCUCGUGGUUUGAUACGCUGACAGCAACGACGAACGACCGGGAUGUUCAACUCCGUGGGACAUGUUUGGAUAUCAGUUCCAAAACGGACGGGGAAUGGGGCUUGGAGAACUUGGCCGGUUGUGAUGGUCGUUUGUUCAAAUUGAUCUCCCAACUGGGUCGUUUGAACCUGCUCAGCCAGGACCAAGAGCCCAACCUAUCGCGCCCUCAAGACGCAAACGUUGCCACAACAUCCUUGCCCCCUAAUAUGAUUUUCCCAGGAUGGGAAAAUGUCGUCCCAGAUCUCGGCAUGGGCUCUGUUCCGCUACCAGGGCAAGGCUUCUCUCUUCCAACCCCACCUCCCAGUAGCGAUUCAAGCCGUCGACCUUCUUCUCCGGCAUUUUGGACAGAGUGGUAUUCGCUCAGGCAGCGACUCGAAUCCUGGCGAUUCGACCCACCUACUGCACCAUCUGCACCAUCUGAUGCUUUCCCCUCUCCACCCUUGUCGGCAUCUACGAUGACUUGGAAUGCAACCACAUAUAUGACACCGAUGAACUCGACAUCGGCAUACCAAGUGGCGCCUGAGAACCUUCAGGAUGUCUUCCAAAUCUCAGAAUGUUUCCGACAUGCCGCCCUCCUUUACUGCGAACGUCUAGCUGAGCCUACUCUUCCAUCCCGACACGGUCGUAUCCAACACCUUGUCCAGCUCGCUAUGCACUGCAUCAUAACCGUGCAGUCCGACGUGUACCUUCUGUGGCCCCUUUUCAUUGUCGGCUCAGAAUGUGUGCAGGAAGACCAUCGCUCCAUCAUUCGCAAUCGCUGCAUUGAUAUCUCCAAGGAUUCCGGCUUCAUCAACAAUCUUUCCUGCCUGGAACUUCUCGAGAAGAUUUGGGCAGAGCAAUCCGACGAAUCCUCAUUCCCAAUCUAUCCCAGCGAGUUUGCUGCCCCGCCUCCGCUGGCAGGUGGCAGGGCACCUACUACUUCACAGGCUUUCCGGUGGUCCCGAGUCAUGCAGGCCAAGCGGGGCGACGGAGAGUAUAUGGUCGCAUAG